UAUGGCACUUGUGCUUAAAUAAUUAGGUGGAUUCAGUAGAAUGAAUGCUCAAUGUCCAACUUACAAAUAGUAAAUUAUAUAUAAGCUAGAUUUUUAGUAUUUGUGCUGGUCUGAGUGGUGGAUCAUUGUUAUAUGCAUUUUAUGCCUAAGUUCAAAAAUAAUGGAGAGAAUAAGAAAUUUAAUUCAGAAAGGAAUAACUCAAGAAACCAAUAUAUGAGCUCAGAGAUGAAGAGCUUGUUAGUCCACCAUGGAAUAGUUCAAAUUUAAAUGAGUGGUUAUACAGAAGAGUUAGAGUAAAGGGAAGACCACUCCAUUACUUAUAGAUGAUGGUGCCAAGAACAGAAUUUUAUAAGCCAGGAUAUGAAUGUGUGGUUCCAUUUGUUACAAAGGAAGAUGCAGAUCAAACAGUAUAGGAAGGAGUAACAUAAAAUAUUUAAUAAUAGCUUCUUGUAUCUUUAGGAUUUGUGCCUUAUGAAUAUAAGGAAAUACCAGACAGACAUAAAUUAGAAGAUGCUUCAGUAUAAUCAUUUGAUUGUUUCCUAUCGUAAUUACCUGAAUUAUAAGACAAUUCAUUUGGAAAUGUUGCUAAUCGCAGAAAUUCAUAAUGGAAUUAUGCAGACCUCCAAUUAAUGGCCUAAUUUACUGGAUUUAAGAAUGCAGACAAGAUUGGUAAGGUUGUUUUGGAGAGAGCUAACUUCAAUACUCCUUUGGAUGAGAGAAAUAUGAGGUAUAACUUUAUGUUUAAGACCUCUUUAGAACUUAUGAUUUGGAUGCUGAUCAUCACUUAGAUUAUCCAUAUUUGAAGAGCAAUUCUGGUGUCUUAUAUCAUAAAAACCAUAUGCCUUGGGAUUGGUAGAGAACCAAAUAAUAAGCUUUGGGCUCAACUGUGUUCUUUGGAACUUUGGGUGCAUUAUUACAUUUAGCAAAAUGAAA